AGUGAAGUCGCAUUAUAAUUGGCAAAUGUUGAACGUAACGCAUGCAGAAGUGUCUGGGAAAAGAUAUAUCACAAUUAACGAAAUUCGUGAUAUCAUCCGAAGAUUGGAAGUUAGCUUGAAAUGUUCGCGGGAUUUGGAAGCUGCCAGAUUCCUGCGAUAUUCCACCUUGAAAUCUCGCGAUAAAAUUCUAACGGACGAUCUGAAGAAGAUUAAAACGCGAAACAAACAGAUGUUAAAUUUAUUUCGACAAAGCGUCACGGAUGUUCAGCUCGGUUCUCUCGAUAUAUUGCCGGAAACUCUGAGAAGACAAGUGCAAAAAACAUGGCAUCAGAAAUACGAUACUCUAUUAUCUCAGAACGAGCAAUUAAAGAAACAAAUUAUUGCUACAAAUUGUGCGAUGAAACAGAAACAGAAAGAAGUAAGGGACUAUUUACUGCUAUAAAUAGAAUUGCAAUAUAAAAGUAUAAAAUAGUGUCAAAGAAGUACACUGCACAGUUGCGCAGUUAGCAAGUGUUGAUUCAGAACAUUUUUUUUUAUUAUUAUAAACGUUUUAUAAACCACUUUUAGCACUGACCGAUUUAUAAUAUUUUAUAUUACAAUUUUUGUUUAAGAACAUUAAAAAGAAUUUGUAAAUAAAAUAUUCAUCGUCAGUUUGAGAUAUUUGUGUAACAAAUUAUUUUUUGCGCGAUAUAUGGUUUUGAUAUAUCGGAUAUUAAUUUCAUCACAUUAAUUUUUGUGUGUUCAACUACAUAUUUCAUAAUUUAUCAAUUUGUAAACGUAAUAUACAUAUUG